AUACCGACAACCAUCGAAGCGAGGCCUGUGCACAGGCAGACCAGACCAGGAUGGCGGCGAAACCUCGGCAUUAAAAUUUCAAGCCGCGAGCUUGCCUCGGAGCUUCAUCAUUGCAUUUCACCACCCGAUAUCGUCGAGGGUCCGGUCUGACUCUAUUCCUCUCUUCAACUGACUGUUGGCACUCUGUCACCCGCGGCGAUCAUAGAAACGGCGUACCCAUGAUCAUCUGUUGACUGGCACGGUGUUAUAUAUCCCCAACCCAUUCAUUUGAGCUUGGUCCAAGCCGAGCUGCCCAGCAUGUUGUCCAGACAUCGGCACUAUGGAUGCGGGGAAUGGCCACCAAGCGUCGCAAUCAGGAUAUCUCACAAGCUCCGAAACCGUCAUCUCCGCCAGCGCAACCUCAGUCCCCAGAUGCGCAAGCGUCCGAUCCGAAGCCCGCAUCUCCAGAAUCCACCGAGGCGCCAUCAUCUGACGCUCUACCCAAAGAACCCGAGACACAAAUACCCGAGACCGCUGAUCAGAACCCGUUCAAGCUGCCCGAUCUCACCCAGGGCAUUCCUUCCACGCUAGAGUACGAGACUACAGGAGCAACGAAUAGAUCGGCGUUGGCGCAUCUCGGACGGGAUGAAUACGAUGCCGAGGGAGGCGGCCGAGGGAAGGGAGAGCUCCCAGCCUCCGCGUACAUCUCCUCCACGGAAAAGCGGAGGAACAAGCUGGCCAACCGCAUGUAUCUCGCGGCGCUGGUGUUGGGCGUGGGCAGCGUCGCAUGGCUGGGUCGUGACUGGGACGAAGAGGAAGCGCCUUCUCAUACGGAUAUCCCCAACGGUUGGACACCGGGCUUGUGGUGGAAGCGCGCCCACGCACGCAUGACCGACUCGCUUAGCUAUUACCAAGAUCCUGCUUUCGACAAGCUGCUUCCCGACCCGGACCCCAUGUUCGAGCGACCAUACACCCUUUGCAUAAGCCUGGAGGAUUUGUUGGUACACAGCGAGUGGACUCGCGAGCACGGCUGGAGGGUUGCGAAACGGCCAGGAGUCGACUACUUCCUUCACUACCUCAGUCAGUACUAUGAGUUGGUGCUUUUCACCAGUGUUCCCUUCGCCAUGGGCGACCCGCUCGUGCGCAAGCUGGAUCCGUACCGCUUCAUCGUCUGGCCCCUGUUCCGCGAAGCAACCAAAUACAGGGAUGGCGAGAUCGUCAAGGACCUCUCGUAUCUGAACCGUGACCUGUCCAAGGUCAUCAUCAUCGACACAAAUGAGCGUCACGUCCGCGAGCAGCCCGACAACGCCAUUGUGCUGCCCAAGUGGACCGGCGACCCCAAGGAUAAGGAGUUGGUGUCCCUCGUCCCAUUCCUCGAAUACGUCCACACUAUGCAGUACGCCGACACGCGCGAGGUCUUGAAAUCCUUCAAGGGCCAGCACAUCCCGACCGAAUUCGCGCGCCGGGAGGCCAUUGCACGUGCACAGUUCGAGAAGCAGUUCCAGGCACAGAAGCGUCCCCGCCCCUCCGGCAUGAGCACGCUCGGCAAUAUGCUCGGUCUGAAGCCCAGCAACAUGAGCAUGAUGGUUCCCGCCGAGGGCGAGCAGAGCGCAAGCGAAGCUUUCUCCCAGGGCAAGAUGUUGCACGAUAUUGCCCGUGAGCGCGGCCGCAAGAACUACGAGAUGCUGGAGAAGGAGAUUCGCGAAAACGGCGAGAAGUGGCUCAAGGAAGAGCAGAUGGCGCAGGAGAAGGCCCAAGCUGAGGCCAUGGCAAGCAUGAAGACGGGACUCGCGGGCUGGUUUGUGUCGGAUAAGCCGAGCAAUGCGGGAAAGCAGGCAUGAUCGAUCGAUUGAUUUGUAAGAUGGGGACGAGGGUUUGUACAGAUACGGUGGGAAACGAGAUGACCUUCUCGAUUUUUCCAAGAAAAGGCCGGUGCCA